UGUCCAUUGUCAGCAGUAAGAAAGUAGUUCUGAGCUGGAGACAGUGAGCUGGACCACUGUAUCUUACUCUAAAGUCUGGGACCCAGAAGCAGCUACUUGAUUCUGAUAUUAAAAGCUAGUUGCAUUUUCAUGCCUACAUCUCGCUGCAGCAUGCACAGCCUCCUGUCCCAGUAGAGGAAAUUAUCCUGCUUACUUCAUAGAAAACAGAGUAGAAAAGCAAGUGGGAGCAGUCAAAUGACUAUAGUGGGACUUAUAUGUAAGGCUCCCUAAAUCCAGAACCUAACCAGUGAUUUAAGUAUUUGCUCUACCUCUAACCGUGGUGCCAUCAGUGGGACACAAGUGGAAUAGAAGUUUGUUUCCAUUUUUUUUAUUUCUAUUAUUAUUAUUAUUAUUUUAAACUGGACUUGGAUUUUUCUUUUUUAAUUCGCCUCUGCAAACUUGUAUAAUCGAUGAGCUCUAUGAAAGACCCAUUACAUCUGGAGCAUUUAGCUGGGAAUAAAGUGGCUACAUCUUCUGCCCACCAUCAAACAGUAGCCCUUGUGUCCAUGGCUUCUUCCCUGGGCCAGAGAUCUGUGGAGUGCAAACAGAGGCUAGAGGUGCACACUAUCUCUGACAGCUCCAGCCCAGAGGCCGCAGAUAAGGAGAAAAGUCAUCAAAGUAAAAACGAGGACAGUAAUGUUGAUGACCCGUCCAAAAAAAAGAGGCAGCGUCGACAGAGGACACAUUUCACCAGCCAGCAACUACAAGAAUUAGAAGCAACUUUCCAAAGGAAUCGCUAUCCAGACAUGUCCACAAGGGAGGAGAUCGCUGUAUGGACCAACCUCACUGAGGCCCGAGUCAGAGUUUGGUUCAAGAACCGUAGAGCCAAGUGGAGAAAGAGGGAAAGAAACCAACAGGCAGAAUUGUGCAAAAAUGGCUUUGGCCCACAAUUUAAUGGUCUAAUGCAGCCAUAUGAUGAUAUGUAUCCUGGUUACUCUUACAACAAUUGGGCUGCCAAGGGCCUAACCUCGGCUUCUCUCUCUACCAAGAGUUUUCCCUUCUUCAACUCUAUGAAUGUCAAUCCCUUGUCCUCUCAAAGUAUGUUUUCAUCACCAAACUCCAUAUCUUCCAUGAGCAUGUCCUCCACCAUGGUGCCGUCUGCCGUCACUGGGGUGCCAGGCUCAAGUCUCAACAGCUUGAAUAACCUGAAUAAUUUGAGCAACCCUUCUCUGAAUUCAGGGGUGCCUUCGUCAGCUUGCCCUUAUGCUCCCCCAACACCUCCCUACGUGUAUAGAGACACAUGUAACUCCAGCCUGGCAAGCCUUAGACUGAAAGCCAAACAACACUCCAGCUUUGGAUAUGCCAGCGUUCAAAACCCAGGAUCUAACCUGAGUGCAUGCCAAUAUGCAGUGGACAGACCUGUGUGAUAUAAAUAUAUAUAAAUAGAAAAUAAUUUGUGCGUAUAUAUACUGUAUGGGAAUCCCCAAUUUUCAGAGACUAUGUAAUAAGAAAUAUCUGGGCACUAUGAAAGUAAAUAUGGAGAAGAUGCUGAAUUCAGGAGGUUCAACUGUU